AGAAGUAAAUAAAUAACGUCGAUGUACCGACAACUAUCCGCAAUCUGAAACAGAUGUCAUGGGAUAUAUGUUCUUCUUGUUACUUAAUUGCAUUGUUAAUUUUUAGCUCUUGUUAAUUCACGGAUAUGUCUUUUUACCAUUAUAUAUUAUCUUUCAAUUCCAUAGUAUUCAUUUUAUUUUUCAUAUAUAACAAUUGUCUUGCAAUUGAAAAUGAUUUACCUGAAUCGCAAAAAAUUCUAAAACAUGAAUUAUCCUCUGCAAAAUCCUUUCCUGAAAGUAAUAUUUCUAUUUCACAGGGAAAUAUUUCGCGAUUUAAUCGCCAGCUGGAUUCUGACGUGGAAAGUAGGUUUCAUAUAACUAAAAAUACUAUUAUACGCACUGGAGAAUCGAGAAUAUUAGGAGCGAAAUAUUUAAAUGAGACUGUGCUCCCUAACAAUCACGAUUGCUUAACAUGGUGUUUAGAAACACCAAACUGCAAUGCUGUGGUAUAUGAAGAUAAGAAUGUUCAUAGUUGUUACAUGUUUGAUUGUGGCUCUCCAUCUACCUUUCUGUGCAAGUUUACUCCUCACCAUUACUUCGUUAGUUCUGUUUUAAAAAUAACUCAACACUCGUAUGAUCUUCAACAAUGGGGAAAUCAAGUAAAACACGAGAAAGAACUAGCAGAGCUGCGCACGAGCGAUUCUCAGGGUACCUCUUUGCCACUUUCAGCUGAUCAAAAGACUGCCAUUGUGACUACAGAAACGCCAUUAAAACUAAAUAAUUCAACUAAACCAGCCAGUGUAUGUCACCAUUACCAGUUCAAAUGUGCCAAUAGCAGUGAGUGUAUUGCUAUUUACAAUGUAUGCGAUGGAAUUCCUCAGUGUCCUGAUGGAAGUGAUGAAAGUGUGGACUUGAAAUGUCACAUGAAAGAACUUCUAAAAACCGUAGCUAAAACUCAGCGUCCUGUGGAGUCUCCACAUCCCACCGAAACAAAAAUGAGUAACUUAACUCCUGUGUUGAAUCGUACUCCACCGGUUCGUACUCCUGAAAAAGUGCACAUCACCCAGGCAAACGAGAGGCAGAAAGUUUCAUCCAGUAAAGCAGGCUCCAGACACAUGGAUAAUUCCAAGUCAGUUUGGCAGGAUGGACAGGCUUCAAGAAGUGAUUAUUACCAAAAUAAUGAUGAUUCAGAGGGAUUGGGAUCUCCUUUUAAACAUGCCCAUAGCCAGUUUGUUGCUGCAAAUGAUCCUCAUGUGCAGAGCUUGAAUCGCUGGUCAAAUGAUUACGAUCAGUACUCUUCUCACUCAGUUCCUUUCGAUCAACCGUAUAAUGCUUAUGAUGGAAAUUACCAGAGAAUUGAUGAUCAGUACUUAUCAAAUCCUUUAUCUCCCGAAUAUGACAGUGUAAAAAACUAUGGCAAUUAUAGACAGGAAGAUGGCCCAUACUGGACUAGUCAAGAUGCAGCUCAAGAUAAUACUUACCCAGUGGAAGAAUUUCCUCAGCCUGCUUUACACAGCUUGAAUAAACCCAACAAUUAUCCAGAUAAAGAGAGUGUUUAUGCCCAGCAGUUUGCAGCACAGUAUCCCGAGAUGAAGCGGCCUGCAAUCCACAAGCCCAUCGACUUGAUGCCGGCGGUCCAGCAGAGGUACCCGCUGCCGAGGCAGCCUCCUUAUACGGCGUACGAGGAAGCAGUAGAAAAGCAGUUGUCUGGCUAUCCGGAUGUGAAACCCAAGCACUACAGUCCGCCUCGAGUUGCUGAUGACUCCAUUUAUAGCAAUGACGAUCUCAUUCGAGCGAGUCUUAUGAAUCAUUUACCUAUUGAACUAGACCGUCCUCAUCAUAUGUAUCAGUAUGAAAAGCAUAAAGAAGGGACUAAUGUGCUACGUGCUCAAAAUAAGGGCAUGGAAAUCAGUGAAGCGAAAAAUCUCUCAUCUGAGGAACCUGCCACCACUGUGAAGCCGACUAAACCUGUUCAGAGAACCGUGUUGGAUUUCAAAAUGUCUGUUACGGAACUCUACCAGGCAAGCCGGACUCACUCUCAAGAAGCAAACAGUGCGAUUCUGGCUCUGGUCAUGGGGCUGACUAUCACAGUCCUGCUGUUCGUCUUCCUGGCAUGUCGAAUCAAAACGAUUCGGAAGAGGAUGUCCCGGAAGGGCCGGGCACUGGCUCAUGAUGCGGAUUAUCUGGUGAACGGGAUGUAUCUGUAGGGUUGGAGGGAGGAAUAUAGCUUUGCAAACCAACUGCUCUUAAGAAUAGUAAAUGGGAUGUUUUCAGACGAGCUUUACAGUUUAAUGAACUGAAGUGCAAUGGAUUCGAUUUUUCUCCUUUGAAUUUUCCUUUUGUCUUUUUCUUUCCAUAAAGUCAAGUAUCCUCUGUUAUUUCGCUUUGUUCGCCAUAAAAGCCAAUAAUUAUAAAGGAUUGCUUUUGUUCGUUAAAUGCACCCGCACUUAAUAACCGCAAUGAUCAAUAGUAAAUAAUCUUUAAGGCCUCGAAGAUUUCACUUCUGCAUAAUGUCUUCGAUUAAAAAAUUUUUGGCAAUUAUUUAACGUGUUAGAUGUAACAAAACUUGAAAUUAAAAAGCGCGAUUCUUGAAUCUUGUUUUUGAAAUGAUAAUUUUAUUUAUUCAUUAUUACAUUAAACUCGCUUUAAAUACAGGCCAUUAAAGCACGACAAAUUUAGUUUCGCAACAUAUGGGAGAAAAAUUGUUCAAAUUAAAAAACUGCAUGUAAUUCAGCAUUAAUGUUAUUGCAAUAAAAAUGGGAAAAAGUUUCCUGGUAUGGAGUGCAGAGUUUCCAAUGCCCCCCCUCCCCCCAUUCUUUUUUAAUCUGCUCCAAACUGUUGCCCUGCCUCAUUGAUCGACCUCCUGUAAGUUAUCUUCUGCACCAUCUCCUCUUUCACUCUCAACUGAUGUUAUCAUUCGUCAUUGUUCGAUCCAUGCUGUAAUCUCUCUCUCUCUCUCUCUCUCUUUCUUUCUUUUUUUUUUACACAAAAAUUAAUACUUUUGAAUUCUAACUACUUAUGCAAUGAGUGCUUUUGUUUUAAAACAAUUUUCUGUUGAUGGAAAUCUUUUAAAAUUCAUGGCAACAUCUGCCAAGAUAAUGCGUAUGUGCAAAUUCACAUUAUUACUUCAUUUAUUUAACUUUCUUAUUGUUUAUUGAUUAUGCAUUUAUUUUCAUAAAAUUUAAAUAUUAAAAAUAAGUUUUUGUUUCCAUUUUUAAUUUAAAAAUCAUUACAACUACUCAUUUUUAGACCCAACUUUUCCUAACUCUCAUUUUCAUAACACUACCGCCAGCUUUUAAUUAUACUUAAUUAUACUAUUUAAUAUUUUAAUUUAAUAUUUUUUUAUUAUUUAUACUUUUAAUAUUUUAAUUAUAUUAUUUAAUAUACUUAAGUCCAGUAUAUUAAACUGUAAGGCUCGCCAUAUACCUAUAACAAAAUUAAUAAAUAAUGUCUCUUAACCCGACAUUUUUUUUUUAAAUUCUUGAAAUGCAAUUUGAUGUCUGUCUCAAUUUAUAUUGAUAAAUCAGAUUGGCAGUGCAUUGGAAGCUGUGAUCGUAAUGUAUUGAUAAUAACAUAAUGAUUUUUGACACUUAGCCAGUUUGACUUGUUUCGUAUUUGUCAGAUUUUUUUUCCCUUUGAAUUUCUCAUGAGCUAGAGUUUUAAAAUUCUGAGUACUUGUCCGUUUGUCAGUGACAGUGCACACAUUUAAUAUUUUUAUAUCAAUUAAUGUGAUUGCAUUUUGACUCCAUAGAAAGGAACUUGCAAAAAUUUAUUGAAAGGCCCAUAAAUUUUAUUAAUAGUGAAUUGUAAAUUCAAGUAUAAAAAGUAGGAAAUAAUAAAAUAUAUAUAUAUAUAUAUACUUUUUAGUAUACUAAUAAGGUGUGUAUAAAAACUUCUUCUUUUGGUGACACCUGUAAAUAUUAAAGAAAAAAGGCUUUUCAGUAAUAUUUUUAUAAAUUGUGUUUGAGUUAGUUUUCCAUCAUACGAACACCAGUACUUUUUUAGAACUAGUCAUUUUCUUUUCAAUAUUGACUACUGUGAUCUUUUGUGAUAUGCGGCACUAGAUUUCUGUGUGUUAUUCCUUUAGCAAGGUAUCAUUGUGAAAGACAUCCAUUUUGAAAAUCGACCCUCAUCAACAACAAUCAUUCCAAGGUCUUUUUUCAUGAAUUUAAAAUUGGCAAAAGGUGAAAUAGAAAAUGAAGGGAAAAAAUUCAUUAAAAAAUUUUAUUGAUAUGUUGGUCAUUUUAUCUUUUUGUUUAAAAUUGUUAAGAUGUUUGUUGUAAAUUGUUUAAUUGUUCGCAGAGGGAAAGAACGCGCUACGUUCAACUUUAAUUGUUCAUUCUGCCACUUUCCCUCCAAAUCAGAAAGCAAAGUUUGAGGGUAAAAUUAUUCAAAAUCUAUGCAUUUUUGUUUUCUUGUAUAUGAACCAUACAAAGUAUGGUAAUAUACAAAAAUUCAAAUCAAGGUUUUGACGAGCCUUUACGUCGCAGAUUUCUCUGAAUACGAAAAAUAUAUUUUUGGAAGUAUCUCUAUCUUUCCAUGAAAACGAUAAAUUAAAAGCGCCUUGAUCUAAAAGGAUGAAAUUUAGAACAGAGUCUUUACACCAAAUUUAUAGAUGUAUGUCAAAUAUUGAAGGAAACCAUUCUCAGGAAGUCUAUCCAAUUAUCUGAAUGCAAGUGAGCAUAAUAAUUUCGAACGUAAAAAGCUGGAUAAAUGAAAGUCGGCUCAUUAACAUCAAAAGUGUGGAUCUGUAUCAGAUUUCGGACCAAAUUCGUCUAGGGGCCCGCCUGUCGCUCAGUGCUUUCAGAUGGCGAUAACUUAAAAACUCAACUACUUGAACAAAGGAAACUUGAUGCAUAGUCUCAGCAUCUUAAGUGUAGAUUCAUAUCAGAUUUUGAAUGAAAUCUGUCAAAAAGUGAACCAUUUGAUAGUUUGUAAUUUCUCACGCAUAUAAACGCAAUAACUCCAAAGUAAAAAUUAAAUAUAUGGAAUUUGGUAGAAAUGAUCAAUUAUUUUUGACAAUAUUUUUGUGUCUGGGAUUUGAUGUCAAAAAUUCAAUGUCUCAUUUUAGACAUUUUUAUGUAUACAUUAUCAGUGAGUAUUUUGUUCAUUUUCAAAAUAAAUACCUGAUUUUCUUACUUAAAAAAAAAAGAAAGAAACAUUGGGCUUCUCUUUUCGAACAAGAAAAAAUGGCAUAUCGGGCAAUCAGUUUGGCUUAGGGAAUAUUAGCUGUUGUUUGAAUAUCUGUGAAACGAGAAAAGAAGUUAUUGACUGUGUUUAUAUGCAUUAUUGAAUUUUAUUAAUAUUUUUCCCUUUAAUAAAUGUAUUUUACGCAAUAUGAACAUUUUCUAAAAAAUGAAUGAUAAUGUUUUCAUGUUUGUUUUUUAUUUCCAUUGACACGAAAAUGUAUCACUUCCAAAUUAAAUUUCAUGUAUUUUUGACUCAAAUGUUUUCUAUCUUAUCAGCUAAUUUGAAUAUGAGCAUACCAAUAAUUUAAUAGCAUUCGAAAAAGAAUUAUUCU